AAUAAACGUGCAAGAUUUCAAUUUCGUUUGGAUGUAACACUGUCGUCCCCAUCACCGCCAUGGGAAGGUGGCUUUGCGUUUUGACUCUCGCUUUCCUGCCCUUCGGGUUAGCCCAGAUUGAGAAUGUUGAACGUUCACCGCGGUGGGUGCCUUCCAGUGACCCGUACCAAGAGCGCGUCGUCAGCAUGCUGCCAGGCUCUGAUUUCCUCUACCCUGCGCCCCCUGCUUCGCCCUUUGACUUUGCACCACCCCUGAUGCCUGCCCAGUAUUAUCAGCCGCCGCCGCAACCUCCUCCGCAACAACCUGCUCCAAUAAUCAUUCCGGUCCCUUCCAGCUCCGAAAAGCAAGAGCAAAGCUCAAAGGAUUUGGAUGUGGGUCUGUACACCGGCAUGGACAUCCCGUGGACGCACAUCCCUCCAUUCAGCACCACUUAUAAAGCAGGCCUCGGAGCGCAAACCCCGCCACCCUUGGUGUCCACCGCGAUGGCCUACCCCUCAUACAGUGGCAUGUCUUAUCCCGCCGCACCGCAGCCACAAGCGUACUAUCCGCAACCCCCGGCCUACUACCCACCAGCCCUUUUCGGGGGACCGUUCGGCCACUGGCACCCUCGAUCUGUGCCUUAUCCGUACAAUAUGAGGCAACAGGGUGGAUUUGGAGUCAGGAGGGAGGACGACGAUGUCAAGUUGACUAUGCACGUUCCGAAAGAUGGAGCGCCUGGAGGCAUUUUAGUUAUGGAAAUGAAAGCCAACGUGUAUCGUCCAGUGUACUAAAAAUGCUGCGGAUGAUCUGUCGCUUGCCUCAAAGUAAAAAAUAAAACAGGCUUGUCUGCGAAAAUAUUACAAAUGA